UCCACUGCGGGCGGGGAGACGGAGAUCCGGUUAUGAGGGAGCCGGCGGUGGCGUUUGCCCGAGACACCUGCCCGCGGGCCGGAAGUGGAGGAGCCGAGAGCGGCGGCGCCGGAGCUCCGGAGUAGACGGUGGCGACGGCGGCAGCCCCUCUGCGGGAGAAGGAGGAUGAAGAGCGACCGAAGAGGCGCGGGUGGACACUGCUGCGUGGUUCCCGGGUUCGUGCUCGUAGCCGACUGCGCAGCGUACGAGCAAGUCUAAGACACUUAUGGAAUAAUAGUUCACGGAGAGCUACAAUGGAAAAGCCAUGGAUGCUGUGGAACUUUCUGGAAAGAUGGCUCAUAGCCUUAGCCUCAUGGUCUUGGGCUCUCUGCCGUAUUUCUCUUUUACCUUUAAUAGUGACUUUUCAUCUGUAUGGAGGCAUUAUCUUACUUUUGUUAAUAUUUAUAUCAAUAGCAGGUAUUCUAUAUAAAUUUCAAGAUGUAUUGCUUUAUUUUCCAGAACAGCCGUCAUCCUCACGCCUUUAUGUUCCCAUGCCCACUGGUAUUCCACAUGAAAACAUUUUCAUCAGAACCAAAGAUGGAGUCUGUCUAAAUCUUAUUUUGAUAAGGUACACUGGAGACAAUUCACCCUAUUCCCCAACUAUAAUUUAUUUUCAUGGCAAUGCAGGCAACAUAGGCCACAGGUUACCAAAUGCAUUGCUUAUGUUGGUUAACCUCAAAGUUAACCUUUUGCUUGUUGAUUAUCGAGGGUACGGAAAAAGUGAAGGAGAACCGAGUGAAGAAGGACUCUACCUGGAUUCUGAAGCCGUGCUAGACUAUAUGAUGACUAGACCUGACCUCGAUAAAACAAAAAUUUUUCUCUUUGGUCGCUCCUUGGGAGGAGCGGUGGCUAUUCAUUUGGCUUCUGAGAAUUCACACAGGAUAUCAGCCAUUAUGGUGGAGAACACGUUUUUAAGCAUACCACAUAUGGCCAGCACUUUAUUUUCAUUCUUUCCAAUGCGUUACCUUCCUUUGUGGUGCUAUAAAAAUAAGUUUUUGUCCUAUAGAAAAAUCUCUCAGUGCAGAAUGCCUUCUCUCUUCAUCUCUGGUCUCUCUGACCAAUUAAUUCCACCAGUAAUGAUGAAGCAACUUUAUGAGCUUUCCCCAUCUCGGACUAAGAGAUUGGCCAUCUUUCCAGAUGGAACUCACAACGACACGUGGCAGUGCCAAGGCUAUUUCACCGCACUUGAACAGUUCAUCAAAGAAGUAAUAAAGAGUCAUUCUCCAGAAGAAAUGGCAAAAACUUCAUCUAAUGUAACAAUUAUAUAAUGUAUCCUUUUUUUUUUGAUUAAUGCACUGUAUUUUAAUUUGUGCAGAAUGAAAAGAAUGUUCCUUUCUAGAAGUGUGUUAUAUCUGUACUUGUCUAAAGAGUGAUAUUAAACUUUGAAAGGACUUCAGUACUGCUUUAUGAUGAUCCAAACAGUUUUUUACAUUUGAAGAACCAUAAUUCUUGGGAUUAUUUCAUACAUUUUCAUCAGAAUUUUCAAUGCGGUUAUGUAUCCAUGUCUUUAGUUUAAUACGCUGAUACAGACUACUCAGAAGUUUCUUGUUGCUAAAAAAGGUGUGAGCUGUGCUACGCUUAGACUCGUGACUGGGAGUGGAAGAAGGUAGAUAAGAAGCUCUGGGUAUUAUCGCUUAGGUGAAUGUUGGGACAAUCAUGGAGAGCAAACUUAGUUCUGUAAUUGCAUUUUUCACAUUAAAACUUAAUAUGAAAUGCAUGAUGGUAUUUUCCUUGAAUUAUGCAAUGCAACAUUUUUAAUGUAAAUAGCACUGGUCAUAUACUGGUGUAUAUGGUUACCUGGCUUAUGUCUAUUUUUAUGUAAACAGUUUUGUUUUUGGCAAGAAGUGAGAUUGAGGCCUGUGUGCAGGCUGCCAUUGAAUUUUGCUCUGGUGAAUGCUGACACCCGGCUUUUUGUUACAAAUAAAUGGGACCCAAUUUUCCAGUAUAAAUGUACCGUGUUUUUGUUAGGUACAAUCUGGACCAUGGCAUGUGAAAAAUAGAAAUUUAGAAUUUUAGUGCAGCUUUGAUGUGCAUAUUUGAACUUUUUAACAUUUGUAAUUUUGGUGGCAACGAGAAUUUUAGCUUAUGUCAAUUUUGUAAGUCUAUAGCUGAACCAGUAGUAGCAGCCAUAGUGAGGAUUAGAACUCGUUUAAUAUUUAAAUUAGGAAUUCUUAUGAUUACAUGACUGUACAUACUAUUUUACAAAAAUUCCCACAUUUGAUUUUUAAGUCCCAAUACCUAGGUAUAUGUAACCCAUCAAAGCCAAGAUAUUUAUCGGGGUUAGUGAAAAUAAAAGUUAAAAUAACAAAAACAAAACACAAAAACAGUUUUUUGGUUUAAUGUCUUAUUUGCUGUGAAAUAGAAGAACUCUUGGACCAAAAAGACGGAUUGUCUGUAAGAAGUCUUAUUUUCUUACAUGUAGGAAUGUAGAAAUGAAGGUAACUUAGAGAUUUCUAACACAGAACCUGUUACCACAUUUAACUGUUAAAUGGCUGUAAUUGGUAAACAGCAUUUCAAUAUAUAGAAGAAUAAGAAAAACCUUACUUAGAAAAAAAAAAUUAGCCCCUUAAAAGUUGCAGGAUUUACCUUAAUAAAAAUAAAAGCUGUGAGGCAUAAUUGUGCUAUGUUGUGUCAAGUGAUCCUCAAAAAUUACAUGGAACUGAGCUCUGUACGUUGUGACGUAUGCUUUAUAGUAUAUUCUGAAUAUUUUAGCUAUAUUUAUUGGCUUUUUGCAAGUAGCUAGAGCAGAAAAAUAAUGAGUCAAUAAUCUUGACCUUAAUUUAAAGCUCUUUCCAAGGAGAUAGGGCUGGAAAUACUUUUGCCAGAUGACAUUCUUACUAUUCAUUUCAUGUCAGUAUUUAGAAAAAAAAAAGUAUAAUUUCUAAAGAAUAUUGUUUUUCUAUAAAUGAUUAAUUGUAAAAAGUCUUGCUUUUUUAAGAAAGAGUAACAUAGAAGGUGUAUUUUGUAUGUAUAAAUUCUCCAAAAUUAAAGGCUACUUUUCAUCUUGUCAAAUCAUUGUUACAUAGAAUGACUAUCUUAAAUAAUAACAUAUUAAAGAAUAAUAAUACAACACAAUGUAGUAUAUUUAGAAAUGAGUUUAUCUAGCACACCUUAUAUCUGUAACAUUCUUUGAAGUUUACAAGGUUCCACCUUAUCUUUUCCUGUGAUCAUUUAGUCUACUGCUCAGUGGAAGAAUUCAGCAACGUUAUUUGUUAAUACUAUGCUGAUGAUGCGUAGAUCCUUCAUCAGCGUUUUGUUUCUACGCUCUUUUGUUUUCUGGGAUAUGCCAGGUUUAGAAACCAUCUUUUUUCCUUUUUCCGCUGGGAGUGAAGUUGUAGAGUUGUUGUGUACGUCCCCGACCUUCAGUCUCACUGAACGGUUAAAGAGCCUUUCUGCAGCAGAGGGAGAAGGCUCUGUCUCCAGUUGUGUUACAUCUUUCUGUAGUAGCGUCUGCUUGAGACUCUUUCCAUGGAUGAAAAGGGGAAGGAAAAGAACCUUCUUACCAGAGGUCCGUGAAGCCCAUGGUAUCCUUCUUUCAAAGAAUUUCUAGUUUCAUGACCGAGGCAAUUGGUCAAAACCUGAAUCCUUCAUGAGUCGCUACUUGGUUUGGACCCAUCUCUUAGUGAUGAUGGGAGUGUGGUCAUCUCGUGAAUUAAUUUCUGGCCUGUUCAUGCAAUAACAGCUGUAGGAGUUUAUAUAUGAAUUUUAUGUCACUAAACUUCUGUAAUGGAUUCCUGGUGGCGCAGUGGUUAGUAGCUACCAAAAGGUCAGCAGUUCGAAUCCACCAGCUGCUCCUUGGAAACACUGUGGGGCAGUUCUACUCUGUCCUAUAGGGUUGCUAUGAGUUGGAAGUGACUCAACGGCAAUGGGUUUGGUUUGGUUUUUUUGGUUUUACACAUUUUUUGGUUUUAAGCUUCUGUAAAUUUGGCAAAGAAAGACCUAAGUGCAGCAAGAUGCAAUUCAUUUAGAAUGAAAUCCAAAAUCCAUUUUUUAAAGGGGAUUGUUGAAAACUUGUGAUUUCCCAUAAAAAGCAUAUUGAAAAGAUACGGGAAGAAAUAACCUGUGACAGGCAAAGGGUAAUCAUUAGGACUGAAACAACCUAGAAAAGAAAAUGUGAGGUGGUUCUUAAAUUUAGGUGGAGGAAAUGAUGAGAUGGGUACGAAGGAAACUUAACAGUGCAAAACAUUUGUAAAGCACUUCUAGCGGAGUGGCUGGGAUAUUUCAGUGCAACGAUCCCAUUUUGCAAAUACUUUUACUGUAAAAUUGGUAUUUGUCAUUAAAAUGAUAUUCUAAAUCUUGUUAGGAAUCCCUGGGUGGUACAGACAGCUCAGUGCUCUACUACUAGGUAAAACGUUGGCCGUCGGAACUCAGCCAGAGGUACCUCAGAAGACCAGCCUGGUGAUGUGCUUCCCAGAGGUCACAGCUCUGAAAACCCUGUGAAGCGGUUCCACUGUGAACACGUGGGAUCUCCAUGAGUCGCAACCAGCUUGAUGGCAACUAACAACAACUUUGGUACAGGACGGCUCAGACCAAUUUUAUCUUGAUAAGCUAUAGACACUCGAAAAUUACACACGUCCCAGCUUCAGUAAUCUUUUACUGGAGUAAUUACACUGUAUUAUUUCUUGUUGAGAAUUUGUGCCAUCUGAUGCUUAUGUGGACAUUUCUUACGUUUGUAAAAUUUUGUUCGAGGUGAAAUCAAAGAAUAAAGGCCAUAUUCAAUUUUAUACAAAUUACCUUGCAAACUCUGACAGCUUGAGUAUAAUUUAUAUUCUUGAGCCACCUCCAUCCUUGUGGUCAGGGGUUUAAACUUCGAAGGAUGUAAUGCAAGUCACUUUGUCAUUUAGGCCAUGAUUGACAUACGUGGACAUCCUCCACUGAUCCCUCUUCCUUUUUCGUAUUAUGUUCGACAAUUAUUUAAAAAAACAAAAAUGGAAAAAUUAGUCAUAAAUGAUGCUUUCAGAGUUAUCUGCUUGAAGCUAGGUAUUUCCAUAUCACUCAGGUAAAGUUGAAACGACAGAGCACAGACAUCUAUUUUUUAAAUCAAUGGAGUAAAAUAUAUGAAGCACUUGUGUUUAUUCAUAUUACCUUAUAUAUGCACAUCAGUGUUUUAGCUAAAUCAGAAAUAAUGUGUGGUGAAGUAGAUGCCAACAGUCAUCCUAAGUAGUAGUGAACACAUUUUUGCCAAAUGGCACAAAUAUACCUCCAUUUAUAUUUUGUAUCUUAAAAAUGUAGAUUUAAAAAUAGGACUAUGUAUAAGAGACUUUUUUUUUUUUUUUUUUACAAAAGUGCCAUAUAUACAUACAUAACAGGGAUGAGUGUGUGUUGUUUAACAUAAUUUAUAAAAAUUUCUGUCAGUACAGCAUAUACUGAAAAUUCAAGUUGUUUUCAACAUAUUCAAAUACGUUCGGGGUAAAAUAAUUCAAUUUCAAUAAAUCAUAUUUUUGUUAUUUGCCAUAUUUUGUUUGAAGCAGUAAUUUUAUAACUCAAAUGUUAUAUAGUAAAUUAUGUGCUAACCAUGGCAAGCAUUUAUGUUUUUUUCUUUUUUACAAUUUCUUUUAAAAUAUAUUUUUCUGUACUGACAUAUGCAAUAAAUUGAUACAUUAAAACUUUGAAUAAUGUCUUAAGAUAGUUUGUAUUUAGUCUCUUUUCCUUAUUCUCUGUUAAAUUGUAUGGAAGGCAUGUCAGUUUCUUUAAUGGUUAAAUAAAGUCCUGAAUUUGUAGUGAAAUUAGUAAAUGUUUACUCUAGUAAAGGUGUGGAUAAAAAGUAGAAACCUGGGUUUAUAUUCCCUUCCCCCAAGAAUAUUGUUCUCUUACAUACAUUAAAUUCAGCUAUUAUUAAAAAUACAAUUUUUGUAUAUGAACUGCUGGUAGAUGACUUGGCCCCAAAACAUAUGGUUAGUUAAAUGAAUCUAGAUAUGAAAAGAAUUUAACUCUUCGUGGUCAUGUUACCUCCACAUUUCAUAAAAUGCCUUCUUAAGAAAAUCUCAGUUACAUUUUUCUGCCACUGGUGUUUACAUCAGGGUUAUUGUAAAGUUAAAUAACAGCCCGAUAACCCUCAACCUUCAGGAGCUAUAAACCUAACUUCCCCUGUCGAGAAACUUGCCAUGCUUGAGUAGUGUCAGAACCAGUUGGCUGGUAGGAAGUAUAUGACAAACCUUAAAUGGUCCACUGGGUGUGGAGAUGAAUAUUCACUUAUCAGGGAACAUCUAUUCAUGGGUAGAUCUGGUGGGAAAUGGGGUCUCGCAAACACUUCCCUGGAUAAUGGCCAACCUGAUUCUCAAGAAGCAGUUUUUACAUCACCAUUUCUUUCAAAAGAAUUUUUCCACAUUGCCGUUUCACUUCCCACCUCUUCCUUUACAUUCUGUUGUGUCCUAAAGAUCAUGAGCAGCUGGAUCUGGUUGGAGAACAUUGUCCUAACUUAUUGGGGGUGGGGGGAGCAGGAGGGAGAAGACAUUACAAGUAUAAGGCCUAGAUAUUGCACGUGUAAUUUCACCGAAACCUCCCAACAAACCUGAGUAAUAGUAAUGCCAUUUUAUAGGUAAAGAAACAGUCUCAGAGUGGUUCAGUAUCUGGCUCAAUAUUUCAGAGAAUGGAGCAGGGAUUUGAAUUCAGUCCUCCGAUCCUGAAUCCAUGACAACUUAAUUCAUGUUGGAAUACAUUUGAAAGGUUAAAAUGGAAUUACAAGUAAACAAAGGGGAUCACUCCUGAAGAGCUGGCUAUGAACUGGGAUACCUAGUUAGACAAAUCAGAUGGUGGUGUUAGGUGCCAUGGAGUUGGUUCCCACUUACAGCGACCCUAUGCACAACAGAAUGAAAUACUACCUGGCCCUGCGCUAUUCACUGUUACGCUUAAACCUAUUGUUGCAGCCACUGUGUCAAUCCAUCUCCUUGAGGGUCUUCUUUUUCGAUGACCUUCUACCAAGCCUGGCGUCUUUCUCCAGGGGCCAGUCUCUCCUGAUAAAAUGUCCAAAGUAUGUGAGACAUUGUCUCACAUCCCCUGGUUCUGUUCAAAUAACUGCUUCUUGAUGUAUGCACAGGUUCCUCAUGAGCACAAUUCAGUGUCUGGAAUUCCCAUUCUUUGGAAUGUUAUCCAUAAUUUGUUAUGAUCCACACAGUCAAAUGCC